AUGCGACUGCCCGAUGGUCGAACCCUUGGCUUCGCAGAACAUGGGCGGUCAACUGACUACCCGCUUCUCUUCAUUCACGGCUAUCCCACCUCUCGCCUUGAAACAUUCGGAAUCGAUGAAACUGCUCAACGCCAUAACAUCCGUAUCAUCACCCCGGACCGCAAUGGCUAUGGUCUCACCACGUUCGAUCAAGCUCGGCGUAUUCUGGACUGGCCCACUGAUGUUCAAUCACUCGCUCAACAUCUGGGAUUGAAGCGGUUUGCCAUUCUGGGCGCAUCUGGCGGUAGUCCUUAUGCACUCGCAUGUGCAUACCGCCUACCUCCCGAAAUGCUCUCGGCUGUCGGCAUUAUGGCUGGUGCCGGCCCAUGGGAAGCUGGAGACCAUUAUAUGUCUCUACCAUAUCGGCUGUCUGCCUUUGCUGCACAUAGGUGGCCUUCUGGUUAUGGCGGAAUCCUGAAUCUAUUUCUCUGGGCUCUCCGGCGGAUGUUAGAUUCUCGGUCUGGGGUGACAAGGAUAAAUAAAUGGCUCGACAGCAAUACAGACGUCCUGGAGUCAAAGAAGGACGUUGAUGAGCGCAGAGAACUUCUCGCGCUGCAGGUAUUCGAGGCUUUCCGGCAGGGCGUUGAUCCGGCUGUGCACGACGCUCGGCUAUUGACUUCAGACUGGGGGAUUCAGUUUGAGGACGUCACCUACAACAAGGUAAAGAUUUGGCAUGGGGCGAAAGAUGCGAAUGCCCCGAUAGAGCUGAUUCGGUAUAUGGCAAGGCGUCUUCCACAUUGCAAGUUGACCGAAUUCCCGGAGGAUACACACUUCACAUUAAAUCGACACUUGGAUCAAAUUCUGUCGCAGUUGAUUCUCGAAUAA